AUGUCUCGCCCACUGGAAGGAAAGUUCGGUAUUGUCACUGGCGGCUCGCGGGGUAUCGGCGAAGCCAUCGCCAAAAACCUCGCCAGCAAAGGCUGCUCGCUCCUCCUAAACUUCACCUCCGAGUCCUCGCGCUCCAGAACCGAAGACCUCUGCGCCCAACUUUCAACCAAGCACUCCAUCCGCUGCGUGUCCGUGCAAGCCGACCUCUCCACCCCCGAAGACGCCGUGGCCAAGAUCCUCGCCGCAGCCAACGCCCACUUCCCCAACGCAACAAUCGACAUCCUCAUCAACAAUGCCGGUGUUUCAGCAGACAGAGACUUAAACGAUGCCGAGAAGGGUCCUAUCGACACAGCCUACUUCAACUGGCAAUACACCAUUAAUGUCCUUGCCCCGCUCCUCCUCACCCAGGCUGUGGCGCCGCAUCUACCCACGAACCGCUCCGGGCGUAUCGUGAACAUCUCCUCCGUCUCCUCGAGUCUUGGCUUCACCGGACAAAGUGUUUAUGGCGGGACAAAGGCGGCGCUCGAGGCUAUGACUCGGACUUGGGCGCGAGAACUCGCGGACCGGGCGACGGUUAACGCGAUCAACCCUGGUCCUGUCUCUGGGGAUAUGUACUUCAAGACGGGCGAGGGGUUCUGGAACCAGAUUCAGGGAUUCCAGGACGAGACGCCGCUGAGCAAGCUUGUUGAUCCGAAGAAGGACCCGGUGCUUGCUGAGCUGGGGUUGACAGAGGAGCAAGUGCGCAUUGUGAAUGAGAAGAUGGGCGGGCGGAGGCCGGCGUUUACGGAGGAGGUUGCGGGGGUGGUGGGGAUGUUGUGUACGGGUGAUGGGGGCUGGUGUACGGGGAGUGUGGUUUGUGCGAAUGGGGGGAUGAAGUUUGGGCUUUAA